GCUUCCCAUUGACCAGGCAUCCCUUCCGGUAGAUGAGGUCAACUUUUCCCCAGAUCCGCCAUUUCAGUCCCGGAGUUUCUUGUUGCACAUUAGUUUUGAAUUUAUUCUUUUUUCCAUUUUAACGUUUAAGCAGUCGGAGCAUUCGCUUUUUUUGUGGGCGCCACACAAGUUCCGUCGUCUUAAACGCCCUGAAAUUAGUCGUGGAAGUUUCAAUAACGGUGGUAUUAUAGCGUCGGUGGAGGGGGUUUCUUCUUCUUUUUUUUUUCUUCUUCACGGGAAACGUUAGUCAACCAAAGUUUUUUGUAUGAGUUGUGGAUAGGGAGAGGCGACGGGGAAAGGCCUCAAGCCUCGGACGGGAUUUCACAGCCAUGGCCGGUAAUUUUGAUGCCGAAGACCGCUCUAGCUGGUACUGGGGGAGGCUAAGUCGCCAGGAAGCGGUUACUCUUCUCCAGGGGCAGAGGCAUGGCGUUUUCCUGGUGAGGGACUCGAUCACCAGCCCGGGCGACUACGUGCUGUCCGUGUCGGAGAACUCCAAAGUGUCCCAUUAUAUAAUCAACAGCAUCAGUAACAACCGGCAAUCUGGCUCAGGUUUGGCUCCCCCUCGGUUUCGGAUUGGGGAUCAGGAGUUUGAGGCCCUGCCAGCCCUGCUGGAGUUUUAUAAGAUCCACUACCUGGACACCACCACACUCAUAGAGCCCAUAAACAAGGCCAAGCACACAGGAUUCAUCAGCACCUCCUCUGUUGGCAUCCCGUCGGACGAGGCAGAGUUUGUACGAGCGCUAUUUGACUUCCCUGGUAACGAUGAGGAGGACCUCCCCUUCCGCAGGGGCGACAUCCUGCGGGUGCUGGAGAAGCCAGAGGAUCAGUGGUGGAACGCAGCUAACCAGGAGGGCCGAGCCGGGAUGAUCCCCGUGCCCUACGUGGAGAAGUACCGGCCUGCCUCGCCCACUGCCGCCGGCCUGGGUCCCCCUGUUGUAGGGAGUGGACCGGGGGGGCAAGCAGGAGGGGUGGUGGGCAGCACAGACGCAACAGGGGCCCCUCAGACAAACCCUCUGGGGGAUCCUGGCCAGUAUGCGCAGCCUGUGGUCAACGCCCAGCUCCCUAAUCUACAGAAUGGGCCUGUCUAUGCACGAGCCAUUCAGAAGAGGGUGCCCAACGCCUACGACAAGACGGCACUCUCUCUGGAGGUGGGAGACACGGUAAAAGUGACCAAGAUCAACGUGAACGGCCAAUGGGAGGGUGAGUGCAAGGGCAAACGAGGCCACUUUCCCUUCACCCACGUUCGGCUGCUGGAACAACACCAUCCCGACGACGAGAGCUGAGAAACGCUCGCUCCUCCCCCCUCCCUCCCACACCUCCGUCACCUCGACCGUGUCCAGCACAGCCCUUCUCUUUUGGUCGUUAUGUCACGCUCUGAAAGAAAAGGAUUUAUACAAGCACACAAUAUAUGAACCUAUGAGCUCAACCGUUCCCCUGCCAACACGCAAGGUGUGUUGGUUGAUCUUGCCUGCUGUCAUGUUUUGAAGAGUUUACACUACGGUCAGACUGAUAUCGGUUCGCCUAUAUAAGCAUUUUUUUUAAUUUUUUUUUUUUUAAAUCAGCUUCACACACUGCCACUCCUUGCUUGACUACUUCUCUGAAACCAGCAAUUAAAUAUGGCUAUCGUUAAGAUAAAAGGCAGCCUUUAUUGGUUUAGUAUUUAUUCACGUAACACUUAACUUCCAUUAACUCCAGAGCUGUUUUAAUUACUUGUUGUAUGUUCAUCAGAGGCAUGUAGCAACAAGACACUGUUUUAAGGGGCUUACACACCUAAAUCUCUUAAUAGAGAAGGUUUGAAGAUUAGACUUUCUGUCCCGCUUCCAUGUAUUUUAGCAAUUCAUUAAAAAGUGUAUGAAACAUAACGGCCACACAAACUAUUCCCCUGUUAUGUUACAGCACACGACUCCCUUUUUGUUCCAUCCUGUUUCUGGCCAUCAUGCAUUCAUUUUUUUUAUUUUAAUUUUAUUCCAGUUGCCGUCUGGACUAAUAUUGCUUAUAAUCCAGACUUGCUGUUGGCUAUUGAUUUUUCCUCGAGAGCCCAUGUAGCGCUGAACUGUCCAAUCAAUGACUUCCCUGUCAGUCCAUAUCACUUCAUGUCUGCAGUCUUUGUGCUCACCCAGUGUAGUGGAGCCAUGUCUUGACAGCAGCUGCUAACCAUAAAAUAUUCAGUAAUGUUUGGAUGGAAUAAAAUCCAUUUUAAUUGUCACGGUUAAAUAUUGGGCAAUAUUGCCCUUAACGGGCAGAAUUAGGUAACCGAUAUCAGUCGAACCGUUGUUUACCCAUCUCCAGCCCAGUAUUGAAGUCUACACACCCACUCUCUCCCUUCCUGUGGUUCCCACUGCAUUUGAUUCAUACAGAAGGGAAAAAUCAAUUGCACAUAGGAGACAAAACACUCGGCUUCUCGCACAGAAUCAUGAAUCAGUGAGUUUUUGUAGUGCCAGACUGUGAACCUCCGGAGUGAAACGAGCAAAGACUUUUCCCGAUGACUCCGUCUUGUGGAGAAGACUACUUCGCCAACUUAUGUCAUCCCACACUACACACAAUGUUUUGUUUUUUUAUGUACCAAAAGUGGAAAAUAUUGUGACAGAAUUGACUCUCUCUCGACACACCUUACAUGCUAAAUACUGUUGAUUUUCUUUUAACUUGUUGUUACCUGAGACGCACCUAUUGUGUUAUGUUCCUCUUUUAAAAACACUAUUCAGCGCCAACAUGGAUGACUUUGUGUGAAACGGUGUAAAAGAACAAAAAUGAGAGACUUUUCCUCUGAGGCUGUUUUUAAAAGAUGAGAGGGAAAAAGCUCGAGGGAUUUUAUUUUUGUCUUCCAGCAGGGUUUUUAUGACAUUGUCAUUCCGAGAUGCUAUUGAGAUAAAAGCCACACAAAAAAAAAACACUAAAUCCUCUUGCAUUUUUUUUUUUUUUGUAUAACUGCUAAAAAAACCAGACCUGUCACACUGUCAUGUCUUGUGCCGUGGUUCACACACGCUGCAGGUGAAAUUGUUUUCUCGUCAGCCACAUUGACUCCACAUGCUAUUAUUACAUUAAAAGCUUUUUUUUUUUAUAAACCCUGAGCAUUAUGUCGGUAUGAAAAUAAACCAUUUAAUGGUCUAUGACUGCUCUCCUCGGUGAAAUUUCAUUUUCCAAGAUCCUUCUCUUCCGAUCAGACCUUUUCCAUCAAAAGCACGCAGCCUCCUUAAUGUAAUCCCUGUUGCUCCAAACGGCAAUUAAAUGGCUCGCAAAUGUUUGUAAAAAUGCGGUAUAGCGGCGAUUCAAACUGGUGUAAUGCUGUUACCGGGGACAAUAACACUGUUUUCAAAGAAAAGAAAAUCCCCCUGUGGUCACACUCCUAUUAUGUAUUAUAGUAAAACCUUAUACUCACAUGUAUCGGCCUUCCCUUGAUACAGAAAUGCAAUGGAUGCUUCUUGUAUGAUGUAAAUGGUAAACUACAGCAGGAGUGAGAAACCUCAGCUGCACACAGAAUUUUUUUAUUUUUUUUUGUUGUUGUCCGUCACCAGGGAGGAUCAGCAGAGAUGCGUCCUCUUUACCUCAUGUUUUGUAUUGGGAAAAAAAAACGUAAUUGUGAGUAGGAAGCUACUUGCCUGCAGCCUGCGGGUUUGGUCAGUCAGUAUUGUCUUUGAUUUGUCGAAACGAACAAAUGGUUUCCACAGCACUCGCAUAAAAACAGUCUUUGUCUCCAAAAUCACACAUUUAACAGCCCUGGGGUCAGAUGUACACGUGAUUCCUAUGCACACAGAUCAUUUGUGUCACUUACCAAAACAUAUUUAUAGUGACGACAGAAUGCUGACGCGGUGCACAUCUUGUACAUGUAUCAUAGAAGCAUAUGCAUGGUCUUCAUGAUGAGAGACGUGAUCUUAAUAUGCAGCAUCAUUUUCAGUUUCUAAGACAAUAUAACAAAGGGUUGCAGUCUUAAAAAAAACAACUGUUUUUAUAUUUUAUGCAAUUAAAGGCGCAGUUAUUAUAACUUAAAUUCCUUUGGUUGGCUCUGUGUGCCGUUAGUUGCUGUACGUUGGUGGAGAACUUUUGUUUUAAUGUAACAUAUUCAGUGAAAUUGUGUCUUUUCAAUGCCAUGUCUUAAAGUCCCAGUGAAAGAAAGGAGUUAGAGCGUCUUUAUCUUCUGUACUGUGAACAUUCGCCAGCGAACCCCGCGACAAGAGGGACUUAAAUAUAAUUUAUAAAAGUGGGCAUGCUUAAAAUUCAGCACGGUUUGGAGACCGUGGCUCCACACACACCAAACGUGCGAUGGAUCAAUGUCACGAUAUUGAUAUGAGUUGAAAUUGGUUGGUACAAGCGUACAUAGGCGCACUUCAUAUUUUGUUUUCCAGGAAGAAAGGAUGAUUCAAUUUUGAUAUAAAAUAUGUAGAAAUAUAAUUUUGUGGGUAAUAUUUUUGCAUAUAUUGUUAAAUAGGUUCACAAUAUAACGGGAGUUAAAAAAGGGCAUUUAAAAAAAAAUUGGUAUCGUUAUUUCCUUGAAACCUGAUGUAGCAAAUAGAAGUAUUGAUUUGCGAAGAGUUUUAGCUAACUGUUGGGAGUGCAACUCAGGGCUGUGAACCUUCGCACAAUUUCACAACUAAAUCUAUAAAAGCGGAUACAAGAAGAGUGCAGAUGCCUAUUUUUUUUUCUGCAUUUGUAUCGUACACAGUUUGAACACAUAGUUGUUACGCAUCUGACCCCAGAUAUCCUGAAAGGUUGUCUUGAGUUUACAAUGUGUCGUGGAAAGUUUCCCUCCCAUUUUUGUUUUUGUUAUCGAGACUCAAAUUUAAGGAAAUAAUUUUUUUGUAUGCUAAAUUAAAUGACAUUUUUUAUUGCCGUAAUAAAUGUUUUAUCAAGAAUUUUGAGCCACGUCCUGUGGGCCAUUUGAAGCCCUGGGUAUAUUAAUAAACAAUUGCAAUAGUU